AUGUUGGGCAGUUUGGGAACUUGGGGCGGCGGAGCGGUGUUCCGUUGGGUGUUGUUCGGUGUGGCGUUGUUCGGCGGGGUGUUUAUCGACGGAGUUACGGUUGGCGAAGCGUUAAGUGGCGUGGUGUCGUUCGGCGGGGUGUUGUUCGGGGGGGUGUUGUUCGGGGGGGUGUUGGGCGGAGGGGUGUUGUUCGUCGGGGUAUUGUUCGGGGUGUUGUUCGGUGGGAUGUUGUUCGACUGGUCCCUGGCCAUUCGAAACCGUUCUAUGGAUUCUCGUUGA